CUAUGGUAAAAUCUGUGAUCCAUUUUUGAUAUCGGCUUGUACGAAAGAGUUUCCUCGUGAUUAAUUGAAACUGAAAACGUAUUAAACGAAAUGGCUGCCAUUAGUUUAUUAAAUCCUAAAGCCGAGUUCGCUCGUGCUGCACAGGCACUUGCUGUAAAUAUAUCCGCAGCUAAAGGAAUUCAAGAUGUAAUGAAAACUAACCUUGGUCCGAAAGGCACGAUGAAAAUGUUGGUUUCUGGUGCUGGGGACAUAAAGAUCACCAAGGAUGGCAAUGUUUUGUUACAUGAGAUGCAAAUCCAGCACCCUACAGCCUCACUGAUUGCUCGAGCGUCAACCGCUCAAGAUGAUGCCACUGGAGAUGGUACAACAUCUACUGUCCUCCUCAUUGGAGAGCUACUUAAACAGGCCGACAUAUUCAUCAGUGAAGGCUUACAUCCUAGGAUCAUUACUGAAGGCUUUGACAUAGCUCGCAACAAGUCAUUAGAAGUCUUGGAAUCUAUGAAGAUUCCAAUUGAGAUUGCACGUGAGAAUUUAGUUGAUGUUGCCCGUACUUCACUCAAAACUAAGGUCCACCCAAGCCUUGCAGAUGUGCUAACUGAUGCUUGCGUUGAUGCGGUACUCACCAUUCGAACUCCAGGCAAACCUGUUGAUCUGCACAUGGUUGAAAUUAUGGAGAUGAAACACAAGACGGCUACUGAAACUGUACUUGUAAAAGGUCUAGUAAUGGAUCAUGGUGCACGUCACCCAGAUAUGCCAAAGCGUGUAGAAAAUGCAUACAUUCUCACAUGUAAUGUGUCAUUAGAGUAUGAAAAGACAGAAGUAAAUUCUGGCUUCUUCUACAAGUCUGCUGAGGAUAGAGAAAAGCUUGUUGCUGCUGAAAGGGAAUUUAUUGAUCAAAGAGUAAGAAAGAUCGUUGCUAUCAAAAAGAAAUUAUGCGACGGUACUGACAAGACUUUCGUCGUUAUCAACCAAAAAGGAAUCGACCCCUUGUCACUGGAUGCUUUUGCCAAAGAAGGUAUUAUUGGACUACGCAGAGCAAAACGGCGCAAUAUGGAACGUCUAGCCCUAGCGUGCGGGGGGUCCGCUGUUAACUCCGUCGAUGAUCUUACUGAAGACGCUUUAGGCUUUGCAGGCCUAGUCUACGAACACGUGCUCGGAGAAGACAAAUUUACGUUUGUUGAACAAUGCAAGAAUCCACAAUCUGUUACCAUCCUCAUCAAGGGACCCAACAAGCAUACCUUGACACAAAUCAAAGAUGCAGUUCGUGACGGCCUCCGCGCUAUUAAUAACGCCAUUGAAGAUAAAUGCGUCAUACCCGGUGCUGCGGCCUUCGAAAUCAAAGCUAACACGGAACUGCUGAAAUAUAAGGACACUGUUAAAGGCAAGGCCCGUCUUGGAAUCCAAGCUUAUGCCGAAGCUCUUUUGGUUAUUCCUAAAACUCUGGCCGUUAACUCUGGUUACGAUGCUCAAGAUACUAUAGUAAAGUUGCAGGAAGAGUCACGCCUUAAUCCUGAGCCUAUUGGCUUAGAUUUGAGUACAGGUGAAGCAUUCAAACCUACAGACUUAGGUAUUUUGGACAACUAUAUCGUGAAGAAACAAAUAUUGAAUUCCUGUUCAGUGAUCGCAAGCAACCUCCUCCUUGUAGACGAGAUUAUGAGAGCAGGAAUGAGCAGCCUCAAAGGAUAAUAAUAAACAAAUGUUUUAUUUUGAGGUCA